GCGGAUCAUUAAAAUAGCCUCUGCAGUUGAUCCCACUGCCGUUGGAGAAGCGGUGUCUAUCAAGCGAGACUUGCUUCAUGCUUCAACCUCGUAAUCAUGCGGGGAACGAACUGAACUCUGUACCCUCAAAGGGAAUUCUGCAUUUUGGGAUUGCCCAGAAUUCGGAAAAUCCUUCUCAAUGCCCGGACUCAUUUGAAAAGUCCGAUCUUUCGAGCGCCGACUGGACCGAAAAUGUGGUGCAGGGUACCUGUUCGAUGAAAUGUCCGGGCCGAGUUGGAAACUCUGCCUUGAAGUCUUUCACGUUCUUGUAAGAUCCAUCUGGAGAAUCUAAGGCCAGCAAGGAGAUGAUAUUCUCGUGCUUUGCAAGAGGCACUUGCAAGCGAAAUUUUCUGAAACCUGCCGAACCCCUAAGUUUCGGUUUCUUCUGGCUUCAGCCCUCUCUGACAACAACACUAGGAAGGAGUGGAAAGACAACCCAAGCUCGUGCGGGAUAUUCUUCUCUUUCUGUUGCUAGUGACACUUUCAGCAGCAAUUUCGGGGAAAGAUCUCUGGCGCAUGAGUUAGCUUGCCUUGUGGAUGAGACUUCUACCAUCAAGGAGAGGAAACCAAGAAGCCGAACGGAGCUCAAGCGAUCUCUAGAGCUCCGCGUGAAGAAGAGGGUGAAGGAGCAAUUCAUUGAUGGGAAGUUUCAUUCCCUCCUGCGAAGAGUUCUGGCCAGUCGCGAAACUCUGGAAGAUGCUUACAACUGUAUCUGCUUGAACUCGGAUGUCGAUUGUGGUGGUAAGAUGCCCUUUGAUUCCUUAGCGGAGGAUCUCCAAAGAGGAAGUUUCGAUGUCAGUAAGAACAUAUUCUCCAUCUCAACUAGGGGUGCGAGGAAAGAAGUCCUUGUUCUUCCGAGUUUGAAGCUGAAAGUCAUUCAAGAAGCUAUCCGAUUAGUCUUGGAAGUUGUAUACAAGCCCCACUUCUCAAAGAUCUCUCAUGGUUGUCGAAGUGGGAGAGGCCAUUCGACAGCUCUGAAGUACAUUUCUAAAGAGAUUUCAAAUCCCGACUGGUGGUUCACAUUAAAUAUCAGCAAGAAGCUAGAUUCUCGUGUUUUCUCUAAGUUGAUCUCGAUAAUGGAGGAAAAGAUCGACGACCCGGAAUUGUGUUCACUCCUUAGAAGCAUGUUUGAUGCUCGGGUGAUAAAUUUGGAGUUUGGUGGUUUUCCAAAGGGCCACGGUCUUCCACAAGAGGGAGUAUUGUCCCCCAUACUGAUAAAUAUAUAUCUCGACCAAUUUGACCGGGAAUUUUAUAGAUUAUCCAUGGCACAUGAAGCUCUUGGUCUUGGCCCCGGGUAUUCUAAUCAAACUGGGCCUGCUUCCAAUCUCCGCAAUUGGUUCCGGAGGCAACUGAAAGGCAAUGUGGACACAGAAAGCAUAAAUCGGCAAAAUUCUAAUCCAAGAAUUCAUUCAUGCAGGCAUAUGGAUGAGAUGUUUUUUGCUGUAAAUGGACCUAAAGAUAUUGCAGUUAGUUUAAAAUCUGAGGUCGUCAAUUACUUGCAGGAGGUCCUGUUUUUGGAAGCAGAUGAUCAGGCAGAAAUAUUCCCAUGCAAUGGGCGGCACGGAAUUCAGUUUCUUGGCCUUCUCGUUCGGAGGAAAUUAAAAGAAAGUCCUGCAGUGAGAGCUGUUCACAAGUUGAAAGAAAAGGUUGAACUUUUCGCUUCGCAGAAGGAAGCUGCUUGGGAUGCUGGGACAGUUAGGAUUGGAAAGAAGUGGCUCGCUCAUGGCUUGAAGAAGGUUAAAGAGUCAGAGAUCAAGAGUUUGGCUGAUGAAAAUUCUGUUCUAAGUCGGAUAUCAAGCUAUAGAAAAGCUGGUAUGGAAACGGAUCACUGGUAUAAACAUUUGUUAAAAAUAUGGAUGCAAAAUGUGAAUGCGAAAGUUGCGGACAGCGAGGAGAUUAUCUUAUCAAAAUAUAUUGCCGAACCUUCUCUUCCCCGGGAACUUACAGAGGCAUUUUAUCGCUUUCAGAAGUGUGCAAAAGAGUAUGUGUCUUCUGAAACAGCAUCUACUCUUGCUCUGUUGCCAAAUUCUCCUGAAGCUGAGACCAUUACCGAGAUUGUCGCUCCUGUUGAAGUCAUAAAAAAGCGGCUGCUAAGAUACGGGUUGAUGACUUCUCGAGGAUUCGGCCGUUCUGGGAGUCUUCUUAUCCUCCUAGACAGAGCCCAAAUCAUUGAAUGGUACUCAGGUAUUGUCCGCCGCUGGCUCAGAUGGUACCGAGAAUGCAACAACUUUGACGAUGUUAAGGUCAUAGUAUACAAUUGCCUGCGAAAAUCUUGCAUUCGCACUCUCGCAGCAAAGUACAGAGUGCAUGAGACUGAGGUGGAGAAAAGGUUUGAUUUGGAGCUAAGUCGGAUCCCUUCAACCAUUGAGGUGGAUCAGGAGGAGGAGGAGGAAGAUGAGACCAAGUCUCAAGUUUUUGAGAAUGAUGAGGCGCUGAACUAUGGAAUUUUAUAUUCUGGGGCGUGUUUGCUGUCUCUGGCAAGAUCGACAAUCGCGUCGAGGCCCUGUGAUUGCUUCACUAUAGGAUGUACAUCGAAGGCACCGAGUGUUUAUACUAUUAAUGUGAUGGAGAGACAGAGAUUCCCAGGUUGGAAGACCGGGUUCUCGAGUUGCAUCCACCCUAGUUUGAACAGGAGGCGAAUCGGGUUGUGCGAUAAACAUCUGAAGGACCUCUUUUCCGGUCGCAUAUCACUGCAGUCGAUCGAAUUUGGGGCGUGGAGAAGAGGAUCUUCUUCCGUUGAUUCAGAAUGAAAUGUAUAGGGAGAGAGAUUCUUCUCUCUUUGUUCUUAUUGUAGCUAAAGCAAUUCAAAUACAAUGUAGAAGUUGCCACA